UUAGUACAGCUCACCGGAGAAAGCGCAGCGACUUCUCACCGGAAGACGAAAUACUCGCUCCGAUGCUCUCUCACGAAAUGUGCAACGCCAAAACGUCACUUCGACUUGCGUUUCAAUGAAGCUUCUCUGAGCUUUCCCUCUCUCUCUCGCUCGCUCUCAGUAUAAUUAAGUCUGUCGUUCAUUCCUUUUGAAGGCGUUUUGGAUUUUGUGAGAACAGAAUGGGCUGUGUUGAAUCGUCUCAGGCCAAAGCAGACGGGACUGUGAAGAAGAUCCGAAAGCCAAAACCAUGGAAGCAUCCUCAGCCAAUAACUAAGUCUCAGCUUAUUCAGCUGCGUGAUGAAUUUUGGGACACUGCUCCCCACUACGGUGGCAGAAAAGAGAUUUGGGAUGCUCUACGAGCUGCUGCUGAGGCUGAGCUAACCUUAGCGCAAGCAAUCGUGGACAGUGCAGACAUUAUCAUUCAAAAUGCUGAUUUAACAAUAUGCUAUGAUGAAAGAGGUGCAAAGUACGAGUUACCAAAGUAUGUUUUGAGUGAGCCAACCAACUUGAUCCGAGAUAGUUAAAAAGGAGGGAAAAUAAUGCGGGUGGAAUUUGGCACAUCAACUCAAGAUUGAACGCAAAUCGUGUAUAUUAAUUCCUUGCUAUCCUCUCUUUUUUAGAGUUGGGAAACUUUAAAACCUUUUCAUUUGCGUAUACUCGAACUUUCCCUUAUAACUUUCUGAGGUAAAACCGAGCAAACCUUCAACAUUUGUUUCAAUUUUAGUAGAUUGUGUAUAUUCUGCAGCAGAAAUCAGGGGGUUGUAAUGGUUUCCCUCCAAACUGAGAUGGAGAUGGCCUCCAUAGGCGUUCAUAUUUGGUGCAGAGAAUCGGGGAGCCUAGUUGGGUCCAAAAUUGGUGGAUUCUUGCAUUUUAUUGAGCAUGAAUAAUUUGGCAAAUGAAAUUCUGAUUCGUAUGCUGCUGAAAUCCAACAAUAUGGUACAAAUUAAAUUAAAUGCAUUUGGUUUGUGUU